AUGUUUCCGACUUUCCCUCGGAUUCACCAAGGAUUACUUGUUCGGGCUAGCGCUGCUACUGGAAGACGAGCUAAUGAGAUACGGUCCAGGAAUCAGCCCAGCUUUGGUAGAAGGAGUCACAACAGUCACCAUCAACAACAGCAGAAACAUGGAGAGGCGGCUCAAGAGGCAGUGACGAAGACUAGUGAUGGCCAGGUUGCUCAAAAUCAAGCGAGUCAAGUACCAGGACCGGCGAUGAGUAGAAGGCCAGGAAUACUCGGAGCCAUUGCUGACGGCAUGGCGUCAGGAUUAGGAUGGGGUAUGGGGAUGAGAAUGAUGGAUGGCUUGUUCGGUCCGAGAACAAUGGAGGUUGUACAUCAUAAUGAAG